GCACUCCAAGUGGCCGUGACGUCACCCUGGCUCUAACUGCUGCUGUGCGCUCGAGCCUCUGAGGUUCCUCAGUGCUGCUCGAGAGGAGGACGAGAGUGGAUGUGACCGCCGGGACACACACCGUUUGUUUACAAGUCAACUAUGGAUAUGUUUAUGUCAGGAGGAUAAUGUUCCCACUGCACAUCUGAAGAGGUCUCUGCAGACAGGAACCAAAUGCCAGAGCACUGAAGGAGGAUUAAUUCAGGAAUCCGUCACCUCACCUAAGUAGGUGUGAAUUUCUGGCUGCAGCCAUGGGGAACCAGCUGACUGAUAUCGCUCCCAACACGUCAUUCCUUCCAAGCUUCCAGUCCCUACACGUGGUCGUCAUCGGGCUCGACUCGGCCGGGAAAACCUCCCUGCUUUACCGGCUCAAGCUGAAGGAGUUUGUGAACACCAUCCCGACGAAAGGGUUCAACACGGAGAAGAUCAAAGUUGCAGUGGGGACGUCCCGGGCGAUAAACUUCCAGGUGUGGGAUGUGGGCGGUCAGGAGAAGCUGCGUCCACUGUGGAAGUCCUACACAAGGCGGACAGAUGGCAUGGUUUUUGUUGUUGACUCAACCGAGCUGGAGCGCAUGGAGGAGGCCAAAGUGGAGCUCCACAAAAUCACCCGCACCUCCGAGAACCAGGGAGUCCCCGUUCUAGUCCUGGCCAACAAACAGGACCUUGAUUCGGCGUUGUCGGUCAGCGAGGUGGAGAAGCUGCUCUCCGUGCAUGAACUGAGCACGUACACGCUGCAUCACGUGCAGAGCUGCAGCGCCGUGGACGGUCAGGGACUCCAGCCGGGCCUGGAGAAACUUUACGAGAUGAUCCUGAAGAGGAAGAAGAUGGUGAAGCACAACCGGAGCAGAAAGAGAUGAACUCUGUGCUCUCACUGAGGACAUUAGCUUAGGAGAUUUAUCCACAGUUGAGACACUUCCAAGUAUAAUGGUCCCUUUUAAUGGGAGAGCGAUUUGUGCCAACAGAACAACAUUCACAAACGGCCUCAGGGUCGGAGGAAUAGAUUUGCUCAUAACAACCGAAGCAGUAUUGACAUAUUCUCUGUUCUACAAUCGAGCAGCUGCCCUUUGGAAGCUAAAGUUAUAGAUUUAAAGGGAACCUUGAUACCAGUUAGUUCUCACUAAGUGCUGUUCUACACUUGAUCGAAAGAUGAAUCCUAACGAGACAUUCGCUUGUUAGCUGUAGGACUAACACACAAACACAUUCACAGUAAUGUGGCAGGUGCAUAGAGGACGAAAACAUCAAAUACAUUACAUUUUUCUUCUUAUUCCUCACACGAUCGCACAGAUCCUUCCCACUAAUCUGCUGCUUUUUGUUCCACACUUACUCCUCCUUAAAUAUUUAUCCCACUUUUUUGUGUUUGUGUCGGACAAAGGAGGGUUUUUUUUGUUUUGGAGGUGAUAUAAGAUGACACAAAGAUUAGUGGAGAUGGGGCACAAAUAUUUUAAAUCUCACCGCCAUGGAACCAGUAAUCCUAAGUGCAUUCCCUUCAUGGCCCCAGAGGUUAAGGUUCACUUUAACCGUAGUGUUUAUACAAAUUGUACAUUUUUUGUAACACUGAAGACUUAAUAAAUACAAGCACUGUAUGGAA